AAGUUUGCGGGGGAGAGUGAGGUGGGCAACUUGAGCCCUUGAGCUCUGAAGCGACCCGAAGCAGCAACUUGGGUACAGCCCCAGGAAAGGGCAGCCGGUGCUCUGCGCUUUCCAGCGGGAAUCGUGGGACUCGGGACCCCGGGGCGGGCCGGGUUGCCGCAGAAUUGCGUGGGUCAGGAUUUUGAAAAGGUCCCGGGCUGCCGCAGUUGGUAUGUCAGGUUUUUUCUUCUUCUUCUUUUAAGGCCCCCGGGCUGAGCGACCCACGCAUGCAGCAUCUUUGGUUAGAAUCAGAACCCUAGCAAUUCCUUGAGCUGUGGGUUGGUAAAAUUCUUGAAGAAAUAUUUGCUGCGACUCUGCAGCCGGUGCAAAGGAGGAAGGGGGUGGGGGAGGAAGUGGCGGGGGAGGAGUAGUGGUUUAAAAAAGACAAGCUGGGGAGAGAGCGAGAAAGAGACGCAGACGCAGAGGUCGAGUGCAGGCCGAAAGCUGUUCACGGUUUUCACGACUCCUGGGAAUGCGGAGCCAUUCCGUAGUGCCAUCCAGAGCAACGCACUGCCGCAGCUCCUCUGAGCCUUUCCAGCAAGUUUGUUCAAGAUUGGCUGUCAAGAAUCAUGGACUGUUAUUAUAUGCCUUGUUUUCUGUCAAGACACCAUGAUUCCUGGUAACCGAAUGCUGAUGGUCGUUUUAUUAUGCCAAGUCCUGCUAGGAGGCGCGAGCCAUGCUAGUUUGAUACCUGAGACGGGGAAGAAAAAAGUCGCCGAGAUUCAGGGCCACGCGGGAGGACGCCGCUCAGGGCAGAGCCAUGAGCUCCUUCGGGACUUCGAGGCCACACUUCUGCAGAUGUUCGGGCUGCGCCGCCGCCCGCAGCCUAGCAAGAGCGCAGUCAUCCCGGAUUACAUGCGGGAUCUUUACCGGCUUCAGUCUGGGGAGGAGGAAGAGGAAGAGCAGAUCCAGGGCAUCGGUCUGGAGUAUCCUGAGCGCCCCGCCAGUCGGGCCAACACCGUGAGGAGCUUCCACCACGAAGAACAUCUGGAGAACAUCCCAGGGACCAGCGAAAACUCUGCUUUUCGUUUCCUCUUUAACCUCAGCAGCAUCCCAGAGAACGAGGUGAUCUCAUCUGCCGAGCUUCGACUCUUCCGGGAGCAGGUGGACCAGGGCCCUGACUGGGAGCAGGGCUUUCAUCGUAUAAACAUUUAUGAGGUUAUGAAGCCCCCGGCAGAAGCGGUGCCUGGGCACCUCAUCACACGACUACUGGACACAAGACUGGUCCACCACAAUGUGACGCGGUGGGAAACUUUUGAUGUGAGCCCUGCAGUCCUUCGCUGGACCCGGGAGAAGCAGCCCAACUACGGGCUGGCCAUUGAGGUGACCCACCUCCAUCAGACACGGACCCACCAGGGCCAGCAUGUCAGGAUUAGCCGAUCGUUACCUCAAGGGAGUGGGGAUUGGGCCCAGCUCCGGCCCCUCCUGGUCACCUUUGGCCACGAUGGCCGGGGACAUGCCUUGACCCGACGCCGGAGGGCCAAGCGUAGCCCCAAGCAUCACCCACAGAGGGCCCGGAAGAAGAAUAAGAACUGCCGGCGCCACUCGCUCUAUGUGGACUUCAGUGAUGUGGGCUGGAACGACUGGAUUGUGGCCCCACCAGGCUACCAGGCCUUCUACUGCCACGGGGACUGCCCCUUUCCGCUGGCCGACCACCUCAACUCCACCAACCACGCCAUUGUGCAGACCCUCGUCAACUCUGUCAACUCCAGCAUCCCCAAAGCCUGUUGUGUUCCCACCGAACUGAGCGCCAUCUCCAUGCUGUACUUGGAUGAGUAUGACAAGGUGGUUCUGAAAAAUUAUCAGGAGAUGGUAGUGGAGGGAUGUGGGUGCCGCUGAGAUCAGGCCUUCCUUGGGGACACACACACACACACACACACACACACACACACACACACACACCCCAUCCACUACUCACCCACACACUACACAGACUGCUUCCUUAUAGCUGGACUUUUAUCUUAAAAAAAAAAAAGGAAAAAAACUAAACAUUCACCUUGACCUUAUUUAUGACUUUACGUGCAAAUGUUUUGACCAUAUUGAUCAUAUAUUUUGACAAAAUAUAUUUAUAACUACAUAUUAAAAGAAAAAAUAAAAUGAGUCAUUAUUUUAAAGGUAAA